AUGCAUCUCUUGACGACCCUGCAUGUGCUUGUGGCAUUUGCUACACUUAUCGCGGCGCAAGUAACAUGUCCUCCAACAAUCACAAUAACAACAGACCCUGCAACCACAAGCGGGUUGACAAGCUCCUCCCACUCUCGACAGGUGAUACAUACCACCGAAUACCAAACUACCGUGGUGACAUCGAAUGGAACGGCCGUUUUGGAGACGAUUGCGAGACUUGUUCACGUUGAAAGUUCUGCGACGAAGGAGCUGGAUUCACCCACAGCCUUUGCGACCGGAUCUGCUUUGUGUCCAGAUGCUGUGACUGUCACGGUUGCCGCCACUCUGACAGCUCCUUCUACGGAAAUAGAUUCGACCGCUUCGCUGAGUACAAGCUUGGUUUCUUCCACCUUGAAUGUCACUUCAUCUGCAGUGGAACCCAGUUCGACGGCUCUUCCUAGUUCGAGCUUGGCUUCAUCAAUAUCCAACAUCACGGCCUCCACAGUGGAUCUAAGCUCAACUACUACAUCUGGUCCAACUGCUACAUCAUCUGGGUCAACAACAUCAUCUGGGUCUGGCUCAACGACCACAUCUGGUUCAACGACCACAUCUGGUUUAACUACUAGAUCUCGUUCAUCUACUAUAUCCGGUACAACGACUGCAUCUAGUUCAACGACCACAUCUGGUUCAAGCUCGACUUUGACGACAUUCGAUUCCACCCUCACAGCUCCGGAUCAGGCCUCUUCAUCAAGCAGGUCAUCAAUCGGCAGUGCGACGGAAUCAUCGACCGGGACGAACACCACUGCAUCAAGCAGCCAUGGAGUGGCUCUAGAUAUCUGGACGACUCCUACGCCAACCCUCGAAUGUGCAUUUMCCUGUCUGUUGAAGAUGCCAUGCAUGUCCCUGCCGACACCUACAACUAUCACAUUUCCACCAUAUACGACAACACUUUGCAAGCCGGCCUGUGAUGGUAGCGUCCAGGUGAAGUCGAAAACAGUCAUCACCCUGCCAGUCAUUUCCACCGAUUCCGUCUGCUUCUACCCAAUGAGUGCCACUGGUGAAGGCCCAGCUACACCCGUACCUCGCUGGAUCACCGACACUAGGACGAUUAAUGCUCCCAAAGGUCUAUCCACAUGUCCGCCAGUCUUCGCCAAGCCCGCUUCUGACGGCAAGUGUGGUCCCUCGAACCACUACAUGUGCGAAGCGGGAGCAUGCUGCAACAAAGACGGGAAAUGUGGGACCGGGAAGGACUUCUGCGAACAAGGUUGCCAGAUCAACUACGGCAAUUGUUGGAAGAACUCUACGACUUGCGUGGUUCCAGCUUUUGAAGACACAGACGAGACAACGCCCAUCCCAAUCUUUCCUGUCACAUACGAUGAUGAUUUCGAUGUCGUGUUACCUCCGAUCACGAUCAUCCCAGGCAUAGAACCUGUGAUCCCAGUCUGCAAGAACACUUGUGAUGAUCCUAUUUGUGGCAUCCUGGGUUGUAAUGGUGAAUGCGGAAUCUUGGGGUGCAGCAGUAUCGAUAUGGGAUGGUUCAAAGACAAGUUCCCCAAAACGGACUGUCAUAGUCUGGCGAGAAAGGCCUCGUGUGCAUUGUUUCAGAUCGGUUGCUGUCCAGAGGACAACGAUAGUGACGAUGACGGCUGUUCAAUCGCCCAAUGCACCAACGAAGACGAAGAUGAUGAACCCGGCUUCAAUGGAGACACCAAGCUCUGCGAUCCAGACAAGAUCGGCGACUGCGGGCCUGUGCCAGAUGAAAGCGAGCCAUCCGCAAGCGCCAGGUCGUCCUCGACAUCAAGCGAGGAAUGCACUUCAACUACAACUGUCCACGAUCAAACAGCACACUGCGUGGUCUCAAAAGCCAGCAACGGCAAGACCUCCACCAGCUGUACGUCCACCGCUACCGGCUCUCCGCGCAAAGGCUGUUCACUUCAACCCUCCACCAUAACAUCCUUCACAUCCGGCUGCGAGACUCGCACAGCAAGUCACGUCACAAAUGAUUGCACUGUUCUCACAGGCGCCGGCAAUGACACACGCACAGAAUGCACCAGCAAAGCCACGACCUUCUCUGGCUGCGAUGUCACCGGCAUAACGACCACAAGCGCCGUGACAGAAUGCUCUAACAGCAACACCGUCACGAACAUCACGUCAAGCUGUUUCGCCACCAACAUAACCAGCAUGGGCUCGACGUUCCCUGGUUCAGGGACUUGCACCGGAGCCACGAGCACCGUCUUCUCGGGCUGCGAUCUGUCAGGUACUGUGACUUCUGUUACGUCCUACGCCGAGAAUGUUUGCGAAUUCGUCCCAACGGACGUUACCAUCAUUCCAAUCCCAGUCGAACAUACCUCGUCUCCCUCUGCGACUGGUGCUGCAUCUACGACUACCGGUGGAGCUCUCACUGCGGCACCUACAAGCACGACCCGAGGGGCUCUGAGUGUCCUUCAAAGUGCAUUGGGUAGUGUUGCUGGCAUUCAUACAACAGCGAGCACUACUGACGACGCUCUCGAUGUCCUCGAGAGUGCUUUGGACGAUGCAACUGGCACGAAGAUUGUGCAGGGUCGACGGUGGAGACCUCUCGGUGGUAGAUGGUAG